AUGAAGAAUCUCAAAUGGCCACAUAAAGCAAUAGAUGAUAGAGACACUGGCAAACAGACACAAGAAUUAAAAGAAGAAAUGCAUUUUAUUAAAUCGUUUGUUUCUGGAGCUGGAUACCAGACUGAGUUAAGUGCCAUAGAUAAGGACAGUGAAUUGCCAGACAAGGCUGAAAUGGCGGUUCUGUUCUGCAUCAUGCAUAGAAAAACUGCACUUAGUCUUAAGGUUCCUGACCUCUCGCCUUUGUCUGAUUUUUUGUUGUACCUAAACUUGUCAUAUAAUAGUUUGGAUUGCUUUCCAUCAGAGGUGUUUCAUCUUAAAUAUUUACAAGUGCUAAAGCUCCGAAAUAACCCCAUCAAAUCCAUCCCAGGGGAGAUCUCUGAUAUGAGGAAUCUUAAAUUCUUGACGAUGUCCUUCAACUUGCUGACUUCUCUCCCACUUGAGCUGUUUAUCCUGCCAAAUCUUCAGAGUCUUGACGUUUCCUACAAUGAACUCGAAUAUAUCCCUAAUGAAAUACAAAAUCUCAGAAACCUCACCUACCUGAAUGUGGAAGGAAAUCUGCUUUACUCCUUGCCUUGUGGGAUUCUGAAACUUCAGCUGAGCCGCCUGCUGGUGGAAAACAACUUCUUGCAUGCCUGUUUCUGGAAUGAGACUUUCCUGAUGCAACCUCAGCGACUUACGGACAUGGCUGCCCUGUGCUUCGUUAAGCACCAGCUGUGGAAAAUAUAUCAUCAUUUACCAGAGGAGAUUCACAAUAUCAUAAGCAACUUUACAGGCUGUGACUGCUGCAUGGGACCCUUGUAUGGAAAAGGCUUUCGUUUUAUCCUCAUUUAUAGAAACAUUUAUGGAUUAAGGCUUCCUUAUCAAUUUUCAGCUUGCUCACCAGACUGCUAUACAGCCUUUGUCAAGUCAGCUGUGCCCACUUGAUGGAUGAUAAUGUCGACUGAGAUUCAGGCAAAGUGAAAAUAAUCUGUUGAAUAAAGCAAGCAAGCAAGCAUUGCUUUGGGUAUGGAAGUGACUUUUUUUUUUUUUUUUGCAAAUGUGUAUAUUAUGCAGACCUCUGGUGGGGGUCUUGUGACAUUCAAAGUUCAGUUAUUUAUUUAUCGUAUUUAGAAAGUGCCCAUCCCCCUCCUAGAGGACUAGGCAUUCUCUCGAUUGCUACCCCCCUCUGUAAGCAAUGUUGUGAAAAUCCUAGCACCUUUUCCAGUUUUUAAUUUUAAAAAAAAUGGAGACUAACAUUAAGUCUUUUAAUGUAAAUUAGUAUUCAGAAUUUGAGGAUCCUUUUUUCUUAGCACAAUCUACAAUGGCAGAUUGUAUAUAUGAUUAAAGGGAUGUAUGUAUAUAUCUGAUAGGUAUAGUGCUAGUUUUUACUGCUGUAUAUUUUACUACUGUAUAUUUUACUGCUGUAUAUUCUACCUUGUAAUAAAACAAAAUAUUAUGUACGGAUAUGUUGCUUGAUGGUGUGAUUUCCCACUUUAGAACAAACUAAAUGACAGGCAUCUAGAAUCACGUCUUCCUGUAUGUACAAGGCAAGAUAAUCACAGCCAUUUUACUCAUGAUUUGUGCUGGUAGUUUUUUGUGCUAUUUAAAUUUAAAUAAACUAAAACAGCGGUUCUCAACCUGUGGGUCGCGACCCCAUUUGGGGUCGAACGACC